AUGAAGUUCAUUGGUCUUCUGUUGGUAGUGUCCACUCUUGUUGGAGUUGGAAGUACUCUCAGCUUCACGGUGACAUCCAGAAUCUAUAUGGAUGUUAAGCAAAACAAGCUGAAAUUGGGUCGCAUUACUUUCGGCUUGUUUGGGAAACUGGCCCCUAAGACCGUGGCCAACUUCCGACACAUUUGCUUGCGUGGCAUUAAUGGGACGAGCUAUGUUGGUGCAAGGUUUCAUAGGAUCGUAGAUCGGUUUCUGGUGCAGGGCGGCGAUAUUAUCAACGGAGAUGGCACAGGUAGUAUAAGCAUCUAUGGCGACUACUUCGAAGAUGAGCAAAAAGCGAUGAGUGUGGAGCAUAAUCGGCCUGGUUACCUAGGAAUGGCAAAUCGAGGACCAAAUACAAAUGGUUGCCAGUUUUAUGUAACUACGGUGGGAGCUAAGUGGCUAGAUGGCAAGCACACAGUGUUUGGCAAAGUGUUGGAGGGCAUGGAUACAGUGUACGCCAUAGAAGAUGUGAAAACGGAUACAGAUGACUUUCCUAUUGAGCCAGUGACGAUAUCAAAUUGCGGCGAGCUUCCCACAGAGCCAUUUGAGUUCUAUCCCGAUGACUUCAAUAUACUGGGCUGGGUGAAAGCAGCGGGUUUGCCUGUGACUAGCUCAUUCCUCGUCCUGCUAAUUUUUCACUACUUCUUUCGCCAGCUCAAUAUGUAUUGCUGACGGCUGCUGAUGAAGCGUAUUUUUGUUGUUUUAUUUUAGCACAUAUAAAUUUAACACAUUAAUAACUGCAGCACAUCAGGUUCAAUAAAAAUCAAUUGUUGUUCACGCUGA